AUGUUGCUUAAUGCAGAGAAGUUGGGAUCUGGUUAUUUAAAUUGGGAGGAAGAAUUGAUUUUUAUUGACCGUAAUUUAGUCCAGCAGCUGGAAGCGCUGGUGGCAAAGAUUGGUGGUUCCGAUGGUGCAGAGUCUCUUCGAGAGCAGAUUGCUGACCUGACAUCAACGUCCAAUCAUCUAAGCAAAGACACUAAUGGUUUGAUGAAAAAACUUGUUCAGUUGUCUAAUGAAGAUCGGUCGGUUCCUGUGUUGAAAGUUCAAAGAGAACGAUACAUGGGAGAACUUAUAGCUAUUCUCAACAGGUUGCAGGCAGCUCAACGGGCAGCAGCUGCCAAAGAACGAGAAUCGAUGGAUGCGGUUGUUAUAAGUGAUAAGGAAGUUAGUCAGCAGAUUGAAGCAGUUGAUGACUUUCAAUUUCAUCAGAAGCAGCAACUACAAAUACAGCACCAAGCUCAUCUUAAUGAGCUUAGAGAAAGAAAUGAAACGAUGAGGCAGUUAAAUCAAGAUAUUGGGGAUGUUACUAUGAUUAUGAAAGACUUAGCGAGAAUAGUACAUGAUCAGGGUGAUAUUGUCGAUAGCAUUGAAGCAAAUGUGGAAAGUGCAUCAAUUCAAGUUGAGCAGGGAGCAGCGGACGUGAGGAGAGCGCUCGUUUACCAGAGAGACGCUCGCCAGAAAAAAUUUUUUAUAGUGAUUUUUCUUUUAGUUCUUUUUGCGAUCAUCGUUUUGGCGAUUUACUUGUUCCGACUUUAA